AAUUCAAACAGGAGUUUUGCAAGCUAUAUGGGAUGACUUUUGAGUCUCUUCUGAACAUUUUCUUGCAAGCUGGCUUGUCUGCACUCAAAACACCAUUUUGUUAUGAAGAUGAUUGCACAAAAGAAGACCCACUAUCACAGGAGCUCUUCCGCAAACUAGCAAUGCCUUUGCCAUUAUCGAAGCAGCAUCACUCGAAGCUGGUCUGUUACAUAACAAAUGACUUAAUGGACACUGAGAAUCCUCCACUAGUCCCGCCUAAUGGAUAUGUCUACAGCACAAAGGCUAUGGAAGAAAUGGCCAGAAAAAUAAUGGGGUGAUUCAAUGUCCAAGAACCGGAGAUAUAUGCAAUUUCUCCAGCUUAGUCAAGUCGUACAUUUCAUGAAUCCUUCUUCUUCGGGAUCACCCUUGUCAUCAAUUACUCUAUUAUCUCUUUCGCAGUUAUUAGGUGGGCAUUAUUGUACAUAUGAAACAUGUUUGUACUUUUUUUCUAAUAAGUCACAUAUUUCUUGAAACAUUUACCAAAUUUCUUAAUGAGUGGUUUAUUUCUUGUAUUGUU